AUGGCAUUAAGGUUGUGCGGGAGUAGAUUGUUACCGCGGUUAGCAACCGCUAAACGUAUUUGUAUCAAUACGAGGACAUUGCCUGUUGGUGCUGGAAGAGCGGUUGUCAAUAGACGUUGUUUCAGCGUUCAAUCGAGACUUUUAAAGGAGACAGGACUUGUUAGGAGUGCUGAUAAACCCUUGACGACUGCUCCGCAGCAAAGCAACAAGGCGGGAACUGGAUUUUUAAGCCAUGGGUUCGGGAAAUUGCUGAAAUGGUCAAUUGUGUCAACAGGGAUAUUGGUGACGGUGUGUGGAUCUGCUCUUGUGAUUUUCUUCAUUUAUGACUCCACAACAUACAAAGAAUGUGAAACACAAAGAGAUAUCGACGUCCCAUUAAAGGCGAUAACUCCUGAACUAGGCGGUCCAGAGAAUCUGCCAAUCUUGAAGGAAACAUUGGAUGCAUAUGACUCUGAGAUAAAACAAACGAUCUGUUAUAAACCUAAAUUGGUUAUCUUGGGCUCUGGCUGGGCAUCAGUGGGAUUGUUGAAAAAUUUGAAGAAGGGAGACUAUGAUAUCACAGUUAUUUCACCACAAAAUUACUUCUUAUUUACGCCUUUACUGCCAAGUGCGGCAACAGGAACUUUGGAAGUGAAAAGUUUAAUGGCAUCUAUCAGAAAAAUUGUUAGCGCUGUAAGUGGUCACUAUUUAGAAGCAAGGGCUGAAAAAAUUGAAUUCGAGCACAAACUCGUUAAAGUUUCUCAAACUGCCCCACAUACCGGUGAAACAAGAUCCUUUUAUAUUCCUUAUGAUAAAUUAGUUAUCGCUGUAGGAUCGACCUCCAAUACGCAUGGCGUUGAAGGUUUACAGUAUUGCGACCGGUUAAAAAGUGCUGAGGAUGCUAUGGAUAUUAAAAGAAAAAUCAAAAAUAAUUUAGAGCUUGCCUGUCUACCGACUACUACAGAAGAGGAACGUAAGAAACUGCUAAGCUUUGUCGUGUGCGGUGGAGGUCCAACAGGUGUUGAGUUUGCUGCAGAAGUUUUCGAUCUAUUAAACGAGGAUUUACCAGCUCUGUAUCCGAAAUUGCUAAGACAACAAGUCUCUGUCCAUAUCAUCCAAUCAAGAUCUCACAUACUGAAUACUUACGACGAAAAGAUUUCUGAGUAUGCUAUGGAUAGAUUUAAAAAGGAGAGUAUCAAUCUUUUAACGAAUGCGCGCGUUGAUCGAGUUUUACCUGAUAAAGUCAUUUUCAACCAAAAGAAUCCAGAAACUGGUGAGGUAGAAAUGAAGGAGCUGCCUUUCGGUCUUUGUUUAUGGUCAACAGGGGUUGCACAAAAUCCACUUGCGAAAUAUGUUGUUCAAAGUUUUCCUGAGAAUCAAAGAAACAAAAGGGCUAUUGAAACAGAUUCACAUCUAAGGGUUUUGGGUGAUCCAACUCAUGAUGUUUAUGCAAUCGGUGACUGUUCUACUUUGAGAACAGAUUUAGCAGUUCAUUCAGCCGAGUUUAUGAGAAGUUUCAUCGUUCAAAAAAACUUAGGUAUAACUAACCAAACUGAUAAAUUGAUUACUGAUGAUGAUAUCAAGAACUUAUCCUUCUCCUAUGAUGAAAUUUUCGAUCUGGGUAGGCAAGUUUCAAAAAGACAUCCACAGACACGUGAAUGUUUCGUCGCAUUGGAUGAAUUGUUGCCCAAAUUUGACCCUGAGAAGAAAGGUUACUUGAGUUUUAAACAAGUAUCGAUGCUAUUAAAGUACGUCGAGUCCCGAGUAACGUCAUUACCGGCAACGGCUCAAAGGGCCCAUCAACAGGGCAGCUAUUUGGGGAAAAAGUUCACCAGACUUGCUAGAGUCACCAAUGAAUAUAUCAGGAGAGGUCAAAUUAUUGAUAGUGACUUAGACGAAACCGCUUGCAAGCCUUUUAGGUAUGUUCACCUAGGCUCUUUAGCUUACAUUGGUAAUUCCGCAGUUUUUGAUCUUCCUGGAUAUUCGUUUGUAGGAGGUUUGGUUGCAAUGUACUUGUGGAGAGGCGUUUAUUUUGCACAAACUGUUUCUCUCAGAACAAGAGUCCUACUGUUCAUGGAUUGGUUGAAGAGAGGUCUAUUCGGAAGAGACAUUAUGACAACAGCGUGA